AUGCAGACUGCUUCUACAAACAUUUGUGAAAGAAUGGGUCACUCUCAGGAGCUCAGUGAAUUUAAGCGUGGUACUGUGAUCGGUUGCCACCUGUGCAAUAAGUCCAUCCAUGAAAUCUCCUUGCUACUAAAUAUUCCACUGUCAACUGUUAGUGGCAUUAUAACAAAGUGGAAGCAACUGGGAACAACAGCAACUCAGCCACAAAGUGAACAGGGUCAGCGCAUGCUGAAGAGCACAGUGCGCAGAAGUCACCAACUUUCUGCAGAGUCAAUAGCUAAAGACCUCCAAACUUCAUGUGGCCUUCAGAUAAGCACAACAACAGUGCGUAGAGAGCUUCAUGGAAUGGGUUUCCAUGGC